CGCUGGGAUAAGAAAUAUUUAAAUGAAUAAAAUAGCCAGAAUUUUUGUCAGUAGCGAUUUCCUUGAAGUGCUAUGGUAUGUUAUCAAUUCGUGGAACGCAACAAUUAUCACAAGCGACUAAAGAUCUCGCUGUAGGUCAGCUAGGUCACACAUUAUCUAUUCAUAUUCUUGAAAGUAGCUUAAUUGUAAGACUAUAUUUUCUAAAGAACCGUGAGAAGAAAGACACGUUUUUAGCAAGAUGAAGCUAUCGCUUAUCGUUUUACUUUGUGUCGGGAUAGUUGUAAUAAGUCCCGAAUCAAAUGGAGACGUGGUCGUGGAUCUGUUUGGGAAAAUUCAAGAAUCAGCACAAAAAAUCGGAGACGAUAUAAAGAAUGUUUUUCAAUCGAACAAUAAACAAAAUAACCAGUAUCCAAGAGAGUCAGUGAAAGUGUCUAAACCCGAUAGCAGAGAUGCUGACAGGAUAGUUUUUGACAGAUCAGAGGUAACACAGGCCAGUGUGACCACACCCAAGGGUGUCUCGAAUAACACAAAAGCGGAUCCACAAGCUGGAAGAGAAAAUUUCAGAGGCGCAUGUGCUACCGGAUACGAGCGCACGUCUGAUGGAAGAUGUAAACCUACUUUUUAAUUUUGAUGUUUUUUUUAGAUGCAAUUUAUGAAACAAAACAUUUUGUUUGACAAGUCGAUGUGAAUCUAACAAUGUACCAAGAGUAUCUUGUAAGCACAAAAGGUAUAAAAUUACAAGCACGUUUUUUCACUCUUAAAAGCUAAUGUUAAAUGCAUUUUAAAUUAUUUUACUAUUGG